GCUGAUCAGAGGGAAAUGCAAGUGCCGGGCACUGAUGAUCAGUGCCCUGAUGAUCGGUGCCCAGCAGUGCCACCCGCAAGUUCCGCCCACCUGUGCCCAGCAGUGCGCCCACUAGCUCCGCCCACCUGUGCCAGCAGAUCACCCACCUGUGCCCAGCAGUGCACCCACCUGUGCCCAGCAGUGCACCCACCUGUGCCACUCUGCAGUGUCACACACCUGUGCCCAGAAGUGCCACCCACCUGUGCCCAGCAGUGCCACCCACCUGUGCCCACCCACCUGUGCCCACCAGUGCCACCCACCUGUGUCCACCCACCAGUGCUGCCCACCAGUGCCACCCACCAGCGCAGCCCAGCAGUGCAGCCAGUCAGUGCCACCAGUCAGUGCCCAGGGGUUGUGCCAGUCAGUGCCGCCAGUCAGUGCCCAGCAGUGAUGCCAGUCAGUGCCGUCUAUCAGUACCCAUCAUCAGUG